UGGACGCGCCCUAGUCGCUGAGUGCGUGAAACCUGUGGUGAAACUAUGAAAGCACAGUGAAUUAAAAUGCUCAUUUCGUAACAAAUUGUGCCCCGCUUAGAAGUCGUAGCGCAGCGUUUUUUUUUUUUGCAAUACUGCUGUUCUCGAGUUAGGUAACGUAUUACCAGGGAGCAGCUUAACUGAUGUGUAGCAGCGACUGCAGCAGUAUGCCUCGAAACUCCGUAAGGUGGGCAUUUAACGUUCGUGCAUGGCAACCGACUCGAGAGCAGUGGCUGUACGCCUUGCGGUGUGUUCAACCCGAAGAAAAAGAGCGCAUCCAAAAGUUCGUGUUCACUAAGGACGCCAAAGCAUCAAUGAUCGGCAGACUUCUGCUCAGAAAAUGCAUCAGCGAACUUCGUCAUGUGCCCUACCACGACAUCCACCUCGGUCGAAAUGAGCAUAACAGGCCCGUCUUAACACAUCCACAACUUGCAGUUCGCUCUUUCGACUUCAAUGUCUCGCACCAAGGGGAUUUCGCAGUGUUGGCAGCCGAUGACUACCCCAACGUCGGCGUUGACGUCAUGAAAACAGAGUAUUCUGGUGGCAAAACGAUACAAGAGUUCUUCGCAGUCAUGAAGAGGCAGUUCACGCCAAAAGAAUGGAGCUUUGUUGAGCAGCCAGGUACAGAGAGUGAUCUGCUCAGACGUUUUUAUAGACUUUGGUGCUUGAAGGAGAGCUUUGUCAAGGCUACAGGCGCUGGACUGAGUAUUGAUUUGCAGCGGUUGAAUUUCAAUUGCCUAACAAAAGAACUCAAACAGGGCACAAUCACAAGUAACACGAAGCUGUAUUUUGACGACCAGCUGCUUAGCGACUGGAUAUUUCAAGAAACAAUGCUUGAUCAUGACCACUGCGUCUGCACAGCCCUCAACGUUGGAAACGAGACCACUUCACCAGAUUGUAAGCUCUUCACCGUGCUGUCCUUCGAUGAACUUACCAGUGGAAGUCAUCCUUUGGGUUCAUCAAACGACUUUGACUGGACCCAAUUCACAGAAAAGUCAGAAUUUCCAAGUUGAAACAUGAUGUCACGCUAUUAAAUAUCCUGCGCACAGUUUAUUUUUCUUCAUGUAAAUAAAAGCAUUUUCAGAAA